AUGCUUGAUUCAUGGUGUGGUCUUGGGCGCUUGAGCUUAUUAUUUCUCCUUCUAGACGUGGUAGCAUCGGAGGAGUCCUUUACGAUUCGAAGCGUCGUUGCUCCCAACAAGUGUGUUAGUGUUGUUGGGGACUAUUUUGUCGAGCUGGCUGACUGCGACGGAAGAUGGCGCCAGAGACAAGUUUGGUAUUUCAAUCAUACAUGGCUGGUCAACCGAUUUUACAAACUUGACGGUCAGGCCCUGUGCCUCGUGUUUGCUGCGGCAUACUACGAGACUCACCAUGGAAGACCUCUGAGGGUAGGCAGCUGUGAAGAAGGCAGGAAGAGCAUGGACUGGGUUUGGGAGGCAAGUGGCCACAUCAGGCAUGUGCAUUCCGCCAGCGUCUUCGAUCUUCCUGGUAUCAACAUCUCCGACUUUGCCGGCUCUAAUGUCUGGAGCAGGAGCGGAGACCCCCAAGUUCAGCUCGGCACCCUGGACUUGACGCAGAGGGACCAACUCUUCUUCGCGCAACCGGCAGGUUCGGGCUUGGGGCCUCCGCAGGGCUUCGAGCCGGUCGGCUAUCGUCUGAGCCAAGACUUCUACGAGGAUUAUGUGCUGAUUCCUCAGACCUCCUGUCCGGACGGGUCGCCCGGAGAGCGCACGCUCUGCCCCUGGAGCCACCGUCGCGGUCCAGAUCAUCUUUGCGAAGGCGGCCCCAUUCGAGACCGAUGUGUCUGUUUUUCUGGAUACUUUGCUCACGUCCUCCAGCAUACUUAUACCCACGACACCGGGUUUUGGAUUUACACAUGUUGUAGAGGGGACCACCCAUCCGAUGUGUGUGGGGACUGGCUAUUUCUGGGUCCCCUUGCCAGUGGCGUGCUCGUUCUCGGAGCGUCUGGUGCACUGAUCGCCACCCUGAUGAUCCACUGCCACCGUCCCACCAUUGCGCCUGCCACGGAGGAGGACCUUCAACUUCUGGCGCCACCACAGUGCAUUCAUGACGGUGCAGAGCUCCACAGACGUGUGGCGCAGGCAAGCUGGGGCGUAAGCUUGGAUGACCUGCUCCAGUUCAAACGGUUGGUGCAUCAUUGCAUCCAAGACGGACGUCUUCGACCAACCGAGCUUGACAAGUUUUCGACAUCAGACAUACACACUGGGCCAACGGCAUAUACAGUGAAUGAGCAGUUCAUCAAGCCGGUCACCUCAGCUGUGGGAAAUGUCAGUUGGGCCUUGCUGAAGCAUCCCACAGGCUUGAAUUGCGACGUCUUCAUCACUCACGCAUGGGCUGAGGGCCUUUUCGAUUUUGUGGACAAAGUUUCUCACUCAUGGCCACCCGGAGCCGUGGGUGCCUACAUCUGUUUCCUGUCCAACCCCCAGAAUUUGGACAUCGGAGACUUGAUACAGGUCCCCAGCCAGUCGCCCUUCGCGAAUGCUUUGCGCCAAUCAUCGUCUUUGCUUGUGGUCCCAAAUCAUUCCUACAGCGUUUAUACCCGAAUUUGGUGCGUCUACGAGGCCUUCCUGGGCUAUUCCUGGGACAAACCUAUUCGAGUUGCCAGGCGACCUCCAGAGAGCUACGGCUUCAAGGUGCUCCGGGUCCCCUGCACGAGUCUCGCUGUCUGGGGCGGAACGAUCCUGAUCCUCAUGUCCCAAACGAGCUUCUACGGCUUCAGCAAAGAUUCUCAGGCUUUGCUAUCCACGUUGGAGUUGGCAUCCUUGGGAGGGGCAGGAGCAUGUGCCUGCUUUGUUCUCCUUUUGUAUCUCCUGCGAAAGCUUCAAUCCAUCGCAAGUCUGAUUUCGCUUCAUUUCCUCAGCAUCUUCUUGGCGAUUGCGGUGGCGUUCAACAUGUGCCUAAAUGGGUUCACCGAUGUGCCGGCGCUCUUUGCGGCCUUGGUUUCAGGCCUUGGAGUGGCAGGGCUGGAGGCUGACCGGUUGCGCUCUGUAGUUGCGAUGCGACAGUCAGAACAGCUUGCGCGGGGCUUCGCCGGGUCGGUGAGACGAGCUCGCAGCUCUGACGCCAAUGACCUGCACAUGAUCAUGGGGGAGAUCGAGGAGCACGGACAGGCAGAUGACAUCGACGACAUGGUCGGUGCCCUUAUGACGAGCAACGUAUCCACAAGGGACAUGCGCUUGGCGAUAAAGCUGGCCGGCCGUUUGGGCGACUCAUCGAACUGGAGCAGGGCGGUUUUCCUGAUGAGCGCCAGCUUUUUCGUCUUCCAAUGCCGACAGGCACGAGCGGAGCAUCUCUAA